UGUUCCCUGCCGAAACCCGGGAUCGAACCAGGGACCUUUAGAUCUUCAGUCUAACGCUCUCCCAACUGAGCUAUUUCGGCACACGGUUGUCGUGACGUCAUACUCUUUUUGACUCGACAAAAUGAGUUUUGCUUAGAUUUCAUAUCACGACAUAUACUACAUACUAAACUUAGAUACUAUAUUUGCCUUUGUUAGCGUUUUAUCAUACUAUGGCGGCCUAGAUGACUGAGAACCUUCACAGACAUACUAGAAGAAAAUGCAGAUUUUUUUCUACAUUCAUUAAACAAGAUUUGAACAAAUGUUAUAUCGGAUUAUUAUCGGAUAUUUAUAGAAACUUGAACUGACUGGUACGUUAAAUAAAGGCAGGUAAGCCACCAGUUUUUUUGACUAAGCUAACUGCGCCCCCGUCUGGCCAAGCAAUGUCAUAGCAACGGCAAGAGCAUGAACAAUAAUAAUAAUAACAUGGCCCGUACGGGGAUCGAACCCGCGACCUUGGCGUUAUUAGCACCACGCUCUAACCAACUGAGCUAACCGGCCACGCACAGAACGCCCCGUGACGUCACAUGACCAUGAUUGAAACUCACAGAACCGAAAGUUAAGCGGCUGUGAGAGGGUACAACUUUUGAUUCACGAGGUACUCACAUUUACAGCAUCAUCUACCAGCUGCACGUUUUAAAGCAGGAUGUCAGUGAAGUUCCAUGGCUGGGAGGUGGUCGACGAUGGCGCCUCUUUUCCUGGUGUGGUGCUAGGCCCGUCACAGAAACCCCAAAACCGGGGCGUCUACACCAUGUACCACGGGACCAGCAUUGACAGCGCACGGCUCAUCAUUGCUAAUGGUUUUAAACAGUCAUCCAAUGGCCUGCUGGGAAGUGGGGUGUAUGUCAGCCGUGAUACGAAUAAGGCAUCUAAUUAUCCAUAUUUCACUAACCCCUCAGAACGUGUUGUCCUUGAGGUACGAGUGCGCGUUGGUCGCGUCAAACGUAUUGACAGUAGCAACCAUCCUAUGAGGCUAACCUGGCAAGCAAAUGGCUACGACACGGCCUGGGUGCCUGCUAACACUCCCCAGUGGUUCAGUGGCCUACAGGAAGACUGUGUGUUUGAUCCCAAAAGAGUGAAGGUGGUUGGCAUUUCAAAAGCAGCAAACACCUCCUUACAGAAAGAGCUUCAGCAGCUUAUCGCUAAACAAUCCCAAACAACUGCGAGAAGAUCUGGUGGUGGAGCAGCUGUGUGUUCCCUGUGUAAGAGAAAGACCCAGCAGGACUCUCAGCACAUCAAGGAACGGUGCUGGAAAUGUGGGGAAAACAUCUGUAUUCUCAUGUCUAAGCAUUUAUGUUCUGCCUCACCCUGAGAGGCAUACAAGAGAGGGAUAACAAGUAAAGAGCAUACAUGUCACCAUUCUUUUGCAUCAUGUUCAGAUAUAUUCUAUACUUGUUAUUCAUAUUAUCAUCAUGUUAAAACAGAAAAGCAAAUGAGUUCUGUAUAAAAUAAUUAUGUGAUUUAUUUUUAUCGAACACAAAGUCAUGUAAUGGCACUAAAUCCAAUAAAUGUUAACUUUUAUAUUGUGACA